CCAUAACCAAAUGUUAAUGUUUUUUUUUUUGUAACUAAAAAAAAUUAUAUUCUCAGCAACUAAAUGAAGUGUAAAUCCACCGGAGAAAUCUCUGAUAAAACUUCUCCGACGAUUUUCCGACGAUGAACGAUGGGCUUUUUCGGGAGACUGUUCGGGAGUAAAAAGUCUGAUAAAUCAGCUCCGUCGAGAGAUAAACGGAGGUGGAGCUUCACCACCAGAUCUUCAAAUUCCAGUAAGAGAGCUCCGGCGGCGAAGACGUUUGUGGAGGAGCAAAACGGUUUGGAUGCCGACAAACAUGCGAUAGCCGUGGCUGCUGCGACCGCCGCGGUUGCGGAAGCAGCUCUUACUGCUGCUCAUGCGGCAGCUGAAGUCGUGAGACUCACAAGCGGGAGAAAUGGCGGUGGCGGUGGAAACUCGUCGGUGUUUCAAAUCGGAAGAAGUAACCGUCGGUGGGCUCAAGAGAAUCUAGCGGCGAGGAAGAUUCAAUCCGCUUUUCGUGGUUAUCUGGCGAGGAGAGCAUUAAGAGCACUAAAGGCAUUAGUGAAGCUUCAAGCAUUAGUGAGAGGACACAUAGUGAGAAAACAAACUGCAGAUAUGCUUAGAAGGAUGCAGACUCUUGUUCGUCUCCAAGCUCAAGCUCGUGCUCGAGCCUCUCGUUCUUCUCACUCCUCUGCUUCGUUCCACUCCUCGACCGCUCUAUUGUUCCCAUCUUCCUCAUCUUCUCCACGUUCUCUCCACACGCGCUGCGUUUCAAGCGCUGAAGUGAUCUCUAUGGACCACCGUGGUGGCUCUAAGCGGUUAGAUUGGCAAGCCGAGGAAGGCGAAGAUGGAGACAAGAUCCUAGAAGUGGAUACUUGGAAGCCUCAUUAUCAUCCGAAACCACUACGUUCAGAGAGAAACAAUGAGUCUCCGAGGAAAAGACAACAAUCUCUGUUGGGUCCGAGAAGUACAGAGAAUAGUCCUCAAGUUGGGUCUAGUGGGUCAAGAAGAAGAACUCCUUUUACGCCGACGUCAAGAAGUGAGUAUUCUUGGGGAUGUAAUAACUAUUACUACUCGGGUUAUCAUCCGAAUUACAUGGCUAACACUGAGUCUUAUAAAGCUAAAGUCCGGUCACAGAGCGCGCCGAAACAGAGAGUUGAUGUCUCUAAUGAGGCCAGUGGCUACAAGAGAUCUGUUCAGGGAGAAUAUUACUACUACACGGCGGUAGCAGAAGAGAGUUUGGAUGUUGGAAGCCCCGGUUACUAUGGAGGAGGAGUUUCUGAUCGAUUGAAUCGGAACCAAAGUGCAAAAUCGAGGAUGCAUUCUUCGUUUCUUGUUUAGAUUAUGAUUCUCUUUUCUUUUUGUUUGAGUUUGGUAAUUUUCCAGGAGAGACAAGUAUUAACGCUGGAUGUGUAAAUUGUUGUUAACAAGUUUCGAUUGCUUGCAAAAGAAGGAACAUAACUCUGUUCUAAGUGUUCAAUUAAAAUAAAUUAAACUGAGUCAA